CCACAAUCUCAAUGUAAAAUCAAGACCGAAUUGGGACCGGACCGGAUCAAAACCGGACCGGAUCAAGACCGGACUGUAUCCAAUCCAAUCUUCGGUCCUUAUAUUUUCAAAAAGACCGGACUGGACCGGAUCAAUUUGGGCCAAUUUAACCGGACCGGACCGUAUAGCCACCUCUAGGACUUAUGUUAAAUCAAUCAAACUUACCAAAUUCAUGACCCAAAUCCAACAAGCAAACGACCCUUAACACAAACUGGAGGGUUGAAAAAGAAGGAAAGAAGUAAGAACGUUAACAAGAUGGAAUGAGCCCAUUAAUAUUGUUUUAGCUAAUGAGCACGGCCAUUUUAUCGUUUUUGGGCCUUACACUUUGUUUCUCUGAACACGGGCUUUCAUUUUCAAUGUAGCCCUUUUUUUUCUUUCAGUUUUAGAUAAGAUUUCACCAUCUAUUUUCAAUUUUUGCACAAGAAAGCAGAAGAUAACACAAUUCUAACAUUUCAUAUUAAGUUUGUUCCUUUACAAAGAAACAAUGGAGAUUGCAUGUUGCUGGGAUUCCCUAAUUAAUGUGCCCUUUAUUCAAGUCAAUUUCUUUGGGAGUUCUGAAAAAUUUAAGAAUUGUGAGUUGAAAUCGAAAGAUCAAUAAAAAAACAAUCAUAUCAUGUCAACAUUGACAGUGCCUUCACCCCAACCUUCUCCUCGCGAGGAUGCCCAAAACCUCCAUCGUGCCUUCAAAGGGCUAGGCUGCGACACGGGAGCAGUGGUGAACAUUCUGGCACACAGAGACGCAUCACACCGUGACCACAUCCUCCAAGAGUACGAAACAUUGUUCUCCCAUGACCUCCGUAAGGUCUUAGCCGAUGAACUCCACGGCAAUCUCAAGAAAGCGGUCCUCCUAUGGAUGGAGAACCCAGCGGAGCGCGACGCCAUCGCGCUCCGCCAGGCAAUCAAGUCGGUCCCACUUUUCGACGCCCGAGGCGUCACCGAGCUCAUCUGCACUCGCACGUGCGCCCAGAUCCGACAGAUCAAACAAGUCUACUCCUCCAAAUGGAGCUCCCUCGAGGACGACAUCAAGUCCCACGCCUCCGGCGACCACAAGCGCCUGCUUCUCGCCUACAUCAACACCACGCGCUACGAAGGCCCCGAGAUCGACGCGCUCUUGGUCGAGAGCGACGCCAACUUCAUACGCAAGGUGAAGGCCGGGAGCUCGUCGGACGAGGCCGUUUUGAUCGAGCUUUUCACCGAGAGGAGUAGGGCCCACCUCGUCGCUCUCCGCUCGGCUUACUUCACCAUGUACCAGAAGGAUCUCAGGAUGGCGAUAAAGGACGUGACGUCGGGGAGUUUCAAGAACGGGCUGUCGGCGAUCCUGCAGUGCGCGGAGAAUCCGGCGAAGUACUAUGCCAAAGUGAUGAGGAAGGCGAUGAGAGGGCUGGGGACGCACGACACGGCGGUGAUAAGGGUGGUGGUGACGAGGGCGGAGAUCGAUAUGGAGGAGAUUAAGGUGGAGUACAAGAAGAGGUUCAAGAAGCCAUUGGUGGAUGUUAUUCAUUCGGAGACUUCGGGACAUUACAGAUCGUUCCUUCUCGCCCUCAUUGCUGGCUAGCUAUAUGCAUGUACAUUUAUGCAUUAUUAAUUAUAUAUAUAUAUAUAUAUAUAUAUAUAUAUAUGAUUGCUAGAUGCUCAGUAUUCUUCUUCUUUUGGCUUGUGAUAAAUAAGACAACCUUUAAUGGUCACAAUAUAUAAAAUACAACCGAUUUGGGGUAGGUUACCGCGGAAAUAUAUAGUGGGUUUAGGAUCGAAAAUAUCAGAGUAAAUAUAUAGCUGGUGAAGAAUUUGAGAACCGCGAGAACACAAGACAAUUACGUAUUCUUUAUUUAUUUAUUGAACAACACUAAUUCAUGCGGUGCGUUCAGAAGAGGUUACAACUGACGAUUUUAUUAAAGGACUAUAUAUUGUGCUACGUAUCCUGCUUGUGACAAGUCCACGGCUAAGCUAUGUAUAUAUAUAGAACAUACGCGUGGCUAUUUUUCGACGACAUUCAUUGUAAUAUACAUGAUGAAAGUAUUUUAUGAUUAGAACUCUACACGAAAAUAUGUCCUUGAACUUGCUUCUUUUUUUUUUUUUUUCACGAACUCACCUUAAAUAAAAUCCUGACUACAUCAUGAAUUACUGACUUUUUCGAAUAAGAAAGUCUGCCAUAUAUGACCCACUACGUACCAUCCUUAUUGACAACACUAAGCACUCGAACUGUAACAUAAUAGAAUAUAUACAAUUUUAGGAGAAUAUUAUUAAAAAUAGAAAAUUUUCUUACUAUAAAUGGACAUCGAAAUAUCUACGUAAUAUACCACAAAUCAUAUCAUGCAUGCAUUCUUCCCACAAGCUAGUCACCACAUUCACAUAUUGUAUUUUAACAAUCCAUUUAUUUAUUUCGGUAUCUUUAUUUCAAAUGCACACAUCCAUAUAUCGUCACAAUAUUAUACAUACAUAGUUUAGACAAUCACACUAGCUUCAUCGGCCGGAGAAGCGUACAUCGUCAUAUAUCAAUAACUGGAGAAAUAAGUCAGCCAGCCGAUCGACUUACUUUCUCUCGCCGGCGGCACGUACAGUCAUCACCUUCCUCGGAGAAGCCAAUUAAACUGAUAAACCGAGUUGGUCGUCAAAUGGUCAAGUUAAAAUGACAACUAUUUAUAGAACAAUCUUCACCUGUAAGAAGACAAAAAAAAAAAAAAAUAGUUAGUCUCUUUAUUACCUGAAAUUUUUGGCACUGCAGGUUCAAACUAGACUCCAAUGAUCAUAUUUUAAAUGUUAAUCAUCGCUGUUUGUUUAAUAUGAUACUGAUAUAACUUGGAAAAUUUAUGACAACUACUCCAUGUAUUUUCUGCGACUCAUAAAUUGGUCGUAUAUUAAUGUUUGAUUAACGAGACGAAUUUCUAAAGGCCUGAUCCUUUAGAAUCUGGUUCACUAACACGAUGUGUGUUAGCUACGUCCACGGGCGAGAGAGAGCCAGUUUCACUAUAUCGAGGAGAUUACAGAUUACAGAGGAGUAUGAGAAGUAUUUAUAGUACUUCUCCAUGUGGGUCUAAACCUAAUCCAAUAUGGCAAAGGAAACGGUUACAGACCAGGCCCAGAACCCCAACCCAAAUAACAUUGAGCCCAUACACCGUGGGCCGGGGGCGUUGCCCCUGGACCACACUCGUUGACCGGACAGCGAGACCCCCGAUUACCAGUCGUAGCGGCUGAUAGUCCGAUUCAAGUCACAUCAACAUCAUCAUUCAAUUUGAAGCUGAUGACGGGGAGAAAUGAAUUGUCACUGGCAGCCAAGUACAAAUGGUUGGAAUAAGGAUCUUCAUAGCGAGCCACAGGGGUCGCAUUGGUGGUGGUGGAGGCACCGGAACCAGGAGAAGUGAGAUCUGCCAUUGUGAAAGGAAGCAGCUAGAAUCAAAAGAAGGAAAGAAAACGAACAGAGAAAAGGCAGAACAGGCACUCCAAGAUCGGAGGCUCUGAUACCAUGAGAAAUCCUGAAACCCUAGCAGUAAAUUAGGGUAAAGCAA